CAUCUUGUCUUCCCUAGAAUUUUCAAGGGAUGAGGUUCAAAGUAAUAUGACAUUUUUGGUUGUGCAAAUCCCUUAUGCCUCAGUCCCAGCCCUGGUCAAAAGUUCUUCCCCUCCUUCCCCACCUCUUCCUCUCUCUCUCAUCCCCUUUUUGAAGUCAUGGGGUAGUUGCACAGGUCUCUAUGCUGAGACAAAGAGUGACAGUGACAAAGACAAGAGAGAUAGUCAGGCCCCCAAAAGAACCCCAAGUUUACCUUCUCACCCAGGCAUAGGACCCAGAGAAAAGACAGAGAACAGCGUGGUUCAUGCCUUUAAGGAGAGAGAGACCUUCCCCAUUAAUAUGGGGCGCAAUGAAGGUCAUGGGCUUUGGCCAAUCAAAUAAAAACUCCUUCUCUUUUGAGGGGGGUUAGGAAGGAGCUGGGCUGAGGUGGGGCUAGCAUGAGAAUAGGGCUGAAGUGUAUCCCUUACUCUAAACAAUAGUGGUUAAUACUGUGGACCCAGAGUGUGCAGCUCUGCUACCUAUUGGCUCUGUGACCUUGAACAAGUUAUUUGACCUCAUUCCUCAGCAUCUUCAUCCAUGAAACAUGGGUAGAUGCAGUGGUGAUGAGGAUGAACUGAGAUAAGUUAUGUGCAUUGGUCAGUAAAUAUUAGUUCUUUUUGUUUGGAGUUCUGUCUCCUAGCCCCACGCUUUUCUCUGUUAGAUAAAAUCUGAGGAAGCCUUCAAAUGCCUGCAGAAGGAAUACAGAUGGAAUAAUUCAUAGAAUAAGAAACUACAAUAUUCUGCCAAUUUUUCUUCUUCGGAACUUGCUAUCGGCCCAAAUUCCCUGAUUCCACCUUUUUUUCUUCAUCUCUAUAACCUCAGAUGGUCUCAGUGAGCUGGAAUCUUGGAUGAGGUAGCUGGGACUCUGCCGGAUAACGCUUGGCUGUCAAAUGUGCUUUGCGAGGGGAGAGUGGGGUCACAUGAUGGCGAGUAACUGAUUCGGUGAAGUGGCUGCAAGUCCGGGUUUGCUGCACAGCCGGCCCCUCCCGGCGGGGGCGCUGACGUCACGGAAAAGCCCCGGCGCGGGUCGGCCGGGCCGGUAUAAACCGCGGGGCCGCGGCGGCUGCGGGCGGCGGGCUCCGGCGGAGGCACAGACGGCGGCAACGCGCGAGCACCCUUGCGCUCGGCGGCCCCAGCAUCACAGCGCUCACCGACCCUCGGACGCCCAAGACCCAACGAUGACUCUGAAUAAUGUCACCAUGCGCCAGGGCACUGUGGGCAUGCAGCCGCAGCAGCAGCGCUGGAGCAUCCCAGCCGAUGGCAGGCAUCUGAUGGUCCAGAAAGAGCCCCACCAGUACAGCCAGCGCAACCGUCACUCUGCUGCCCCCGAGGACCACUGCCGCCGGAGCUGGUCCUCCGACUCCACGGACUCAGUCAUCUCCUCCGAGUCGGGGAACACCUACUACCGGGUGGUUCUCAUAGGGGAGCAGGGGGUGGGCAAGUCCACUCUGGCCAGCAUCUUUGCAGGCGUGCAUGACAGCAUGGACAGUGACUGCGAAAUGCUGGGAGAAGAUACAUAUGAGCGAACACUGAUUGUUGAUGGGGAAAGUGCAACAAUUAUACUCCUGGACAUGUGGGAAAAUAAGGGGGAGAAUGAGUGGCUCCAAGACCACUGCAUGCAAGUCGGGGAUGCCUACCUGAUUGUCUACUCCAUCACGGACCGAGCUAGCUUUGAGAAGGCAUCUGAGCUUCGAAUCCAGCUCCGCAGGGCCCGGCAGACAGAGGACAUUCCUAUAAUUCUGGUUGGCAAUAAAAGUGACCUGGUGCGGUGCCGGGAAGUGUCUGUAUCAGAAGGGAGAGCGUGUGCUGUGGUGUUCGACUGCAAGUUCAUCGAGACCUCUGCAGCUGUCCAGCACAACGUCAAGGAGCUGUUUGAAGGCAUUGUGAGGCAGGUCCGCCUCCGGCGGGACAGCAAGGAGAAAAAUGAGCGGCGGCUGGCCUACCAGAAGAGGAGAGAGAGCAUCCCCAGGAAAGCCAGGCGCUUCUGGGGCAAGAUCGUGGCCAAAAACAACAAGAACAUGGCCUUCAAGCUCAAGUCCAAAUCCUGCCAUGACCUCUCUGUGCUCUAGGCACCCGGAGUCAUCCAAUGUCCCCCAGUGGACAUCACUGAAGGCCAUUGGGACCCGUAAUCUAUAUUAGAUUGGAUUCUUAAGUAUUGUUAGAUGUGGCUUCCCCCGUUAUUAGCUGGGAACUAACGUGCUAGGCUGAUGGGCAGGAAAAUGCAUGAGAAAUGAAAGAGCUUUGUGAAGACUCAGUAUUUAUUUACAGGAAAAGCCUGACCUUUGCUGCUUGAACACCCAAGACUCAUUAGGGGACAUGGUUGGUGUUCACAUGUGUUUCCUCUCUCCUUUGGCUAGUAGAGAAUUGAAGCCUACAAAAUAAUGCCUAGACAAGAAUUUUUCAUUAUUAAAAUUUUGCCUGGUGUUCUGUUAUGUGAAUUUGAGGCCGAUCAGUGGGUCAUAGACAAAUAUAGGAAAGCCAUCGAAGGAAUUUUUCAAAGGAGGGAGAACUUCUUUCUCUGUACCUUAUAUUUGUGGAGCUAGGGUUGCGGAACUGGGUUCAUCACGAUCUUCACUGUUAUUGCUCCAUGAAGCUGUGAAAAGAAACGAUGGACUUGCUGGAAACUAAAGCUUAGUAAACAAUCUUUGUUCAGUGCCCACAGUCAGGGAUCCAGAAGUGUAUAGGAUUGGGAACUGCUACGUGUACCACUAAUGGGUUCAAAAAUUAUAUCUUUACUACUGUUGUCUUAUAAUUUUUUAUUUAAAGGAAAAUUAUUUUAAUCAAAUUCUAUUUAGUCAAACCACAUUUUAUGUUGCAUUAUUUUUAAAAUCAUAGGGCCAUCAUAAAAAGAUAUUUUUAAAAUCUAAAUUAUUGAGAACCUGGAGUGCAAAAUACCAAAUUUUUAAAUAUAGUCGAAGGUCUGCAGUUUUAUAAAACACAAAACAUAAAUACUUCCAGCAUUCUGGGUUGACCCUUUUAUGCCACAGCUCUGCUCUAUUUAUUAUUAUUUUGCAAAAUAACAACCAUUUUAACAUUUGAUAAAGCAUAUUUAUGAACAUGUUUCUUAAUAAGAAAAAUGCCCAUUUUAUUACCAUUUUCUAUCUUUUUCAGAAUAUUCAAGU